CAAAGCCAGCGGACAAGAUCGAGCCGAUCGAAGCACAGCGUCAUAGCCCUUGCUUGCUUGUUGCCGAACGGUCUGAAACCCACUUACUCGCUCAAGCCUCGUACUGAGAGAUAGGAAGAGAGAAGAAGAAGAGCGAGAGGAGAGCAAAGGAAUAUACGUAACUACCACCGCCAAGCAAAAGGAUGCACUUUCGCCCGGUCGAACAAUCGAUGGAUGACGAGUAUCUCGGACAGGGAGGCGGAGGCGGAUCUGGCGAUGCGACGGCGCCAGAAGCUGGCUCUGGCUCUGGCGGCAUGUAUUCUUCUCUGGACGAUGUUUUUGGCCCCGAAUCCGAAUCAGUACCGACGACUGGUAGUGGCACUGCCGCUACUGUCGUCACCUCUCUAGACAGGCCUGAAAGCCCUCUUCAUCCAUCUGAUAUGCGGCGGCUGGAGGCAGAACACGCAACUGCGGGGUACCGGGAGGGCAUCUCGGCGGCAAAGGAACAGACCGUCCAGGCUGGCUUCGACGAGGGCUUCAGUCUCGGGGCUACGAUUGGCCUGGCUGCAGGCCAGUUGCUCGGCAUGCUGGAAGGCAUCAAUGACGCUCUGAAAAACAGACUGGGCGACCAAGCCAGCGGCGAGGAUGGAGAAAGCACAGCAGCUGCAACGGCAACCUCCCAGUUACUGACAGAGGCGAGAGAAGAGCUGAGCGUGCCCAAGAUAUUCAGUCCGGACUACUGGGCCCCUGAUGGAAAUUGGAGUUACGACGUCGAGCCGGAUGGCGACGGUGACCAAGUCCUGUUCCCUGAUGUGGCAAAAGCCCACCCUUUGAUAAGGAAGUGGACCACCAUCGUCAACGAGCAGGUCAGGCUGUGGAAGAUUGACCGGUCUAUGCUCGAUGGCGAUGAUGGCGAUGCGAGGAUGGAGGCAGCGGCAGACGACACAGUCACUGCUGGCACUAGCACUAUCCCGCUCCCUCCGCCUGCAUCGAAGCAGCCUCUAGAUUGGUGAGAAGGUCAAGAUAAGGCAUGCGCAAAGCGCUUUUCGCCUUUACCGAGCAAAAGUUCCCAGGGCCGUCGUCCCGCCACGUCAUUGUCACGCCUUGCCUCGGCCUACCUUGGCUUUUCGGUUACUCCAGCAUACGGCUUCUGGCUUGCAACUUGCCCCAUUUGCUUCUUUACUUCCUCACCCUGGGAGGUUACCCGAUCGCUGGGG